AUGGCCUCAUCUGGAGCACCCAAAGUCUAUCGAGCGACGAACCUCCCGCACCAUGUAGACCGCCUAGCAGCGGCUGAGUUGCUCACACAGUGUAUCCCGGGUACUACCCUCGAAGACGUCCAGAUAGAGUCUCUUGCUCCUGUUGUUGAUCCCUGGGUGAGCGAGCCCACAAAAGUGGCUACAUUGAGGUUCAAAUCUGCACCUGUGGCUCUUACUCAAGGGCCUGGUCGCAUGGAAUGGUCAUUCCCGAUCCUGGGCUCCCUUCGUUCGAUCACCUUGGACAUCCACUUCUACGGCCUCACUCCGUUGAACGAGGUCAAUGAAAAUAGCCACACCGAUGAUUGUAUCGUUAUCUCUGGCCUGGCAAGCCACCCGAUGGGAUCGUGGCAGCCACGGGGCGAUAAAGGUUUCAUGUGGAUACGUGAUGCUCUACCCAGUCGAUUCCCCGGCGUCAGAUUCAUUAUUUACGGCUAUGAUACAGCCCUGUCCGGGAGCAAAUCCUUCCAGGUUGUGCCAGAUAUAGCAGGAUCCUUGAUCUCGGAGCUAAAAGCUAAUGGCUGGGCUGCUCCGGCUGCUAAACCUAUCAUAUUCCUUGCUCAUAGUCUCGGAGGCGUAGUCUUGAAGCAGAGCAUGGUCAUGCUGGCGGGGAGUGGCGUCCGGGAAAGGCAAAUUAUCCGCAACAUCAAGGGUGCGAUAUUUUUCGGAGUUCCGACUGUGGGAAUGGCAGUGCCUGACAUCUAUGAGAUGCUCGGGGAUCAACCGAACACGGCCCUCCUAGAUUAUCUUUCCGAUCGCUCAAACUAUAUUCCAACGUUGGAGAAACAGUUUGAUGGAAUCUCUUAUACUCGAGAUAUGGUACUCUUUUGGGCGUACGAAACACAAGCAACCCCCAGCUUAUCUAAUUCUAGUGGAGGUUGGAAGCGAUCUGGCCCAGACACGGUCAUGGUCUCACCGGAGUCUGCCACUGGCGGCCGGCAUGGAAUCUCCCCGGAGCGCCUCCUCCAAAUAGACGCCGAUCACUCGAACAUGGUCAAGUUUAAACCUGGGGACCGACUAAUACCUAUAAUGGCAGACAAAAUCAGAGAAAUCAUUGAUAAUACUAUGAUUUAUGCAUCUUCAAAGAGACCUAACCGGGUGAUCUCUGAAACGCCGGCCAACAGGUCAAAACGUCCUGACUCGAAUAUGUUUACAGGAAAUGGGAAAAUGAAAGCCUCGAAGAUUCUUACAACUGAUAUCACUUGGUUCAGUCAAGUUCUUAGAAAGUCGCUACUGGCCCCUGAACGGGAUCUUAGAUUGUACACCAUUGACGAGAACACGAAAAAUACAUUUGGCUGGGUCUAUGAUCACCCAGAUAUCAACCUCUCUUCGUGGCUUUUAAAAGGGGAAGGGAUUUUCUGGCUGAGCGGGAAGCCUGGCUCUGGAAAGUCCACCAUGAUGAAAUUCAUUUGGAAUGACCCCCGGACCUAUGAGCUUCUUCACCCUUGGGGAUCAAAACAUCAGCAGAUUCUCAUCAACUUCUUCUUCCACCAUCGUGGAUCUGCUAUUCAAAAGUCAUUCGAGGGUCUCAUCCAGAGCAUUCUGUUCCAAAUCAUCAGCAAGGAGCCUCAACUCUGCACCUUAUUGGAGGGGAUUGUUGAGAAAACAUUCCCGGAACAUAUUGCUGCUUGGAGAGAAUCAAUAGAUCGUGCCGAGUCAAAAGAACUUCGUGCAAAAAUUAAAGAAGCUCGUGCCAAAAUGAAAGCAGCUCGUGCCAAGUUGAAAGAAGAUCGCCCUGAUUUGGAAGACGAUGUCGAGUUGGAAGACGGCGAGCUAGAGCUACCUGCCAGGCUUUGGACAAGGAGGGCAUUAGAAGAGUCCUUGUACGCUCUCUUACUUCAGGAUAAGAUCGACCUCGACCUUUUUCUUCUUCUUGACGCGCUCGAUGAGUAUGAUGGGCGGCCUGAGUUCAUCGCCGAUUUCUUAAAACGAAUGAUUGGCGCUUCGUCAAGGACGCGAGUCCGAGUUCUGUUUUCCAGCCGGCCGUGGAAAGUGUUCCAGGAUGAAUUUGAAUCAUGCCCUGGCUUCAAGAUUCAUGAGCACACGGAAGAUGAUAUCCGAAAGUAUGCCGUUGAGUCCGUGCCGCCUGGCGCAGAAGUGCUGUUCGGAUUGACAGAAAAAAUCGUGCAGCGAUCACAGGGCGUUUUUCUCUGGGUCAAGCUGGUCAUGCGUCAGCUGUCAUCAGUUGUGGCCGAGCCAUUUCAAGAGAAUGCUGAUGGCCAGGGACUGAGCUUCAGAUUGGAAAUGAAGCUGAAAGAGCUACCGGACCAGCUAGAUGAUUUCUACUACACAAUUGUGGAAAGAAUACCCGAUGUGUUCCGAUGGGAUACAUAUGUUCUGCUUGAAUGCAUGGUCCGGUCCCGCAAUAAUUUGAACGUCGAGGAAGCGUUGAGUAUCUUAAAUUUGUCCAAAGAAGCAACCUCCGUAGAUUGGGGGAAAUAUCUGGAUGGGAAUAAGCAUCUAUCCAAAAAAGAGCUCGCGAAAGGAAUCCACCAGCUGAAGGCGAUCUCGGGAGGUCUUCUCGAAAUAUCGGAACCCAACAAGAAAACGUUUUAUGCUAUGGUCAACUGGUAUAACGAACCGGAUUCGGUAGGAGGAACGAUACAGCGGGGCGACUCCUUUUUGCCAAUCAUCCAGUUUAUGCACCAGACGGUUCAAGAAUUCGUUCAGGAACCCGGGUUUCGACAUGCAAUUCUUGGCGUUCGCGGGAGAACAACCAACGGCAACGGCCAUUCCUUCAUGACGGAGUAUUUGUUCCAUCAGAGCGUUUUCCCAGGAGCACGGAAAAGCACGGCCUUUCAUGGGACGGAAGACGAGAAGAUGGAACAUCUGCUUCCACUAUUUUUCCAUGCAAGGGAAGCAGAAAAAACAACCGGAACUGGGCAGGCCUUCCUCGUUAGGGAUAGAAUUAUACUCCAAGAUUGGACCCCGUUGAAGUUUUGUGUCGCAGCCGGGUUGCGUUUGCUCCUCAGACAAAUCCUGCAGCAACAUGCAGAUGCUGUGGUCAAAUGCAAAGGUGGCCUUCUUCCAACAAUAAUGCUCUCCCUGAAGAAAAGAUACCUCGAGCCUACAGACGCCAUCCAAAUGAUAGUUGACAUUGUGGAACAUGGAUACAGAAUGGAAAAGGAUUUAGAUACUAUGCAUGAACUCUUCGUCAAGAUUUGGAAAUACCGCCUUUCCAAUCUUACGGGUGCAUCGGACGAGAGCGUUUGUAGCCGCAGAGAUUACAUCGCCAUAACAACAGAAGCCCUAAAAGGGUUUACGGGCGAAACCAUUCUGUUCCGAAAGCGAGACAACAAGUUUUCAUUGAUUCACAGAUGCCCACCAGAGCUUAUGAGGCAACUGCUGGCAUUAGGCGUGAACCCUAACUCUAGCUUUGAUCACGCAAGUGGUCACUCGGUACUGGAUUCCUUUAUUCUUACCAUCUCUCCUAUCGAUACAGUUUUCAUCGACUCUGCCAUAUACGAUGCGUUCAGGGCACUGAUCGAACACGGGGCCGUCCUGCACACGACAAAGCGCCGGAUAUGGGAAUAUCUCACUCUGAAAUUUGUUGGCUGUGGCUACGACAUGAGCUUUCUGCCAGAGUAUCCUACUUUAAAAUCUUCAAAUUUACGCAGUUUGAUCGCAGAAACAAUACCACCGUCGAAUUCUGUGCCAGCUAUGACCGCUGAACAAGGAAAAGGCGUUGCACAACCCGGAAGAUCCCGCUUCUCUGAAAAGUUGAAAAGACUGUCAACUUCAUUCCAAAUGUCUACAUUCAAGCGCGGCGAUAAGGAGAAGAAGGUCAAAGCACCCGUGGCCGGAACGGGUAGCGAGACUACAAGCCUCGCAUAG